CUUCUGGCACCACAUGCUCAGCCAUGAUUGACAAUUGCAGAGCUUUGGUCCACUGAAAGCAGCCUCUAAACAACUAGAAAACACACAAAUGAAGCUCCAGACUCAGUAGAGUGGAGUAUUUAUAUUAAGAUUUUGGAGAGCAGAGACGACCGAGCUAUUCUACUGCAAGACACCAUUUUCAUUUGGAUUAUAUAAACAACAGCAGUUUUUGAGCAAUGACAUCACGGAGGCCAAUGACCCAUUCAUAUUCAGGCAAUGGGAGAUAUUGCAGUCAAAAUGGGGAUGAUGCCCUUUCACCACGCUUAGAUAGCCGCAACUACCUCUCUAAUGUCCGGCCUGAAAACAGGAGUACAUUUUGUACAGUCAUGUCUCAGCUGACAGAAGAGACUCAACCAUGUUUUGAGACUACCAUCAAGUCCAAGGCAGUAUCAGAGGCCUGCAAUGUGAAAUUCACCUGUGUGGUCACAGGCUACCCAGUUCCUGAACUGACUUGGUAUAAAGAUGAUAUGGAAUUAGACAGAUAUUGUGGUCUUCCCAAAUAUGAAAUUUUUCGCAAUGGCAAAAUCCAUACACUUCAUAUCUACAACUGCACAGUGGAUGAUGCAGCCAUCUAUCAGGUGUCAGCCAGGAACAGCAAGGGUAUUGUCUCUUGUUCUGGGGUAUUAGAGGUGGGCACCAUGAGUGAAUACAAAAUCCACCAGAGGUUCUUUGCCAAACUCAAGCAAAAGGCUGAGCUAAAACGAAGAGAGUUAGAACAUAGUUACUGCCAAGAGAAAGACAAAAUUCAACAGGAACACCUGAGCAACAGCCAUGUUAGGUUGUUUGAUGGUCUAGUAUAUCAAUCUAUCCAGAUUGGAGAGGAUAAUGAUGCAAAAGAGGAUGAAAUAACUGAGGAGCAGCCAGAAGCUCUUAAGGAGGAGUUGAAUAGAAUUUCUCUGAAAGUUAACAAAUAUCUGAUGAUACCAGAUAGAAAUCAAGAAAAUUACAGUGAGCAUAUGAGCUCAGAUGUCAGUCAAAACAAUGGCAAUCAACAGCUUAUCUAUGGUUCCAAGAAGGCAGACACUGGUGGCACCAUCCCAUCCACCAAAGAGAAAGAAGGCAGAAGUAAUAUCACAGUAUCCAAUGGAUUUGAUGAGGCUUUUACUAGUCCAUCUAGCCAAGGUGUAGUUGGAGCUAAGGACACACAAGAGGGAAUGAGCCUGGCAAAGAUCUUGGUAGAAUCCUUGCAAUUAAAACUGCAUGAAGAACAUCAGAUGACUACACUUCAGUCGCAGGAGAUUACAAGUAAUAAACCCUGCACCAUUCAAGAAAUGGAAAGAGAGAAAAGCGUGCAUACAGAGGGAGAAAAGUUAAAAGCUGAAGAAAUGCAUCAAGAGUGGGAAAGUUGCUGGAAAGGAGAACAAGAAAGGUCAUUAGAAAAAGAACAAGAUUUUAAACAGCUUGAGCCUGAAAAUAGACCUGCAGCUGGUCCUGAAGGAAAGAAGCCUAUAUACAAAGAACCAGAGUAUCACCACAAGUCUGCACUCAGUUCAGUGUUUCAUUCCCUUAAGGACAUAUUCUUUGGCAAGAGUAAAAAAUCACCUGAGAACACAGACUCCUCUAAGAAAGUGAAUGACCUAAAUGUUGAAAAAGAAAUUGCGACUGUUAAAUCAGAAGCAUAUUGCCAUCUCCCACAAAUAAAACCACAGCAAUAUGACCCAUCAAGUGUCUGUGGUACCGUGCCAGAUCAGCUUGAAUCUGUGGCAACAGAGCAGCAAAAUCAAAUUGGAACCCUUUAUGUAAAUACACAAUUUUUUGAGGAAACACCAUCAUUACAUAUAAACACCAAAAUGGAAAUUUUACAUUUGCAUAAUCAUAUUCAUGGGUUUACUACAAAUUAUAUAAAAGAUAUUUCCCAAAAUUCUAAGACACAUCAUCAGAGUGUAGAAGAGGAAAAGGAAGUUGGUCCAGAAGCACUUCAGAGGAACACCUUGUUGACAGUUCAUGAGGUUUCAGAUGACCAUAUAGAGCCAAACAAUGAUGUGCCCAACAUGGAUCAGGUGUGUCAUGAGACUGCUGGACAGCAAUGCACUGCUCUCACUGAUCAAAGGAUAAAAGUUGGUAGAGAAAUGCAAGUUGUAAUGCAACAAGAUAAUGCUGAAUUCACAAUGAUGUCAACAGCCUCCAUGCCACAGCCAAACAGGACAAAUCAAGUCAGCCACACAACUCUCCUGGUGCCCAACAAUUGUGUGCACAAGGAUGGCAUUUGGGUGGAUGAGAGCAUAGCAGAAUGUAACUACAACAAAGAAAGUAAAAAUAUGGAUGUAGCAAUAGCAGAAUUAACAGAUUCUACAAAUGUGUCUGAGGCAGACACUGCUGAUGUCACAGAAUGCUUAACUCUUUCUAUAUAUGAGAGGGAACAAUGCAAUGCCAUUUUUCAAGACAAAUCAACCCCAGUACUUGACAUGAGUCAUGGAGAAUCGGAAAUAAUGGAGAGUGUUAUUACACAAAAUAGAAAUUCUGCUCUUGUUCUUAAUAGUUUUAUAGAAAAUGUACAGGGGUUUGCAGCAGACACUGUUAGACAUGAUACUAGUAAAUUGGAAACAAUAAGCAGCAUUGGACAUAAGGAUAAUAACACUGAAGCAAUGAAGUUUGAUAGUAUUGAAAAAAUGAAGAAGCAAGAUCAAAGUAAAGAGAAAAAGAUGGGCAAUGAAACUGAGCAGACAGUUGAUAGCAAAGGUGUAAGCACGAAUUUUAUCUCUGAGCAAGGUACAGGAAUUUAUAAAUCUAAAAAGCAACCAGAAUUGGAAGAACUGGAGACUCAUUUAAGAGUAGAAAAAACAAAGAUAUAUACAAAAAUACUACAAGAAAAACACACUGUUGAGUCUAGGGACCAAUCUGUUGUUUCUCCUAUCAUAAUUCUUCCUGACACACGAGAAACAGUCAUCAAAAAUGUAGCAAAGAUGAGAGCUAUGCCAUUUACUCCAGAAAUCAAGGUUACAGUCCCAGAAAAAGUCAAACAAGAGGAGCCAUUCAGUGUCCCUAGAACAGAUGUUUUUUUUUCAGAACAUGAGAGAGUUACCCAUCCAGUAGUUCAUGACAUUACACUUAUGCAUAGAGAUAAUGAACCUUCUUCUGAGGAGUCGAUGGUUAUUGCCUCAGGAGCUCCAAACAAAAAUAUCAGAGAUGACAAAGUAGAAAUAAUUGUAGAGCCUCUAUAUGUAAUGCCUCCUCAGCAUGAAAAUAAUCUUGGCUUCUUUCCAUCAGACCAGAGAACCAUAGAAGUUAAAACAGAAAACCUAGAGACUCAAAUGUGGGAUAAUGAAGAACCAUCAGAUAAUGAUUGGAGUAGUGGAAAUGACAACAAUAACAUCCCUAUAAUCAGCAUAGCAUGUGCUGAUGAUUUUUUACCCAUUCAAGAACAGGAGAAAGAAUAUGGAAAACUUGUCUUUCAAGAUCCUGUUAAUCAAGACAGUGCAGCUCUUUACAUGCAAGCCCAUUCAUCUUCAUAUAUCCCCAUAACACAUGUAGAAAGCAGUACAGAAAACACUAUAAAACAGGAAAUAGUACCAGAGUCUUUGACAAUCAUUAGAGAGGUGGUGGGUCAUUUUAACAGUGGAUCUAUUCAAAACACAAAUCAAAUAAUUGAGAAAGCUGCGUUCCAAAAAGAAGUAACUGAGAGAAGGAACUUGGUGGGGACUCAACUGACCUCUGAUGUGUUCUCAGCAUUAUCACCAAAAGCACUUCAAAAUACAAUUGUUUGUAACACUGAGGUCUGUCCAGACAAAGAAGCAAAAGUGGAAGUAGAUGCUGACAGGUGUCAAAGAGAUAAACCUGCUAUGGAAAAACUUGGCCUAACAACACCAGUUGGACCAACACUUCCCCCACUUAGCCCAGCCAGUUUGCGUAAGCUUAUGGCAAAAAAUAACCCAAACUUGGAAAGCCAGGGUUCUACUGUCACCCUAUUAGGGGAUGGAAGUGAGAAGAAAGGAGAUGAUAGUGGAGGCAGCACACCCACAUCCACUCUGUCCUGCGAGAGCAGCCCUAAAAUGAAACGACGAGACAGUCUUACUCUUAUCCCCUCUGCUACCCCAGAGGAACUGGCAUCUGGGGCACGGAGAAAAAUCUAUCUUGCUAAAGCAAAGUCUGAAGAUGAAGGCUCAGACAUCCAAAACAAGAGAGACAGCCCAUACAUGUCACCCAGCCAGGCACGCAGGGCUGCUUUUUUGCAACUGCAGAGUGGACAACAAGCACAGCAAAUGGAAAAACGUUCACCUAUGUUAGGUCGCCGUAAAACCAUGCUGGAUGUGCAGAAAUCAAAGGAGGAGCCUUCAGAAGAUAUUAACUUGUCAAACACAGAGAGCAAACCAGCAGAAAAAGAAAAACUAGAUCCCUACAAAGCUCCUCAGGUAAUCCGCAAGAUCAGGGGAGAACCUUUUUCAGAUGCCUUGGGCCACUUAAAGCUGUGGUGUCAAUUCUUUAAUGUACUUGGUGACUCCACAAUCAAAUGGUUUAAAGAUGACAUAGAGAUUGCAGAAAUAAAAAGAAGUGCAGGAGAUGAGAGUCAAGUGGCACUGGCUAUUGUUCAAGCAUCAUGCAGAGACUGUGGAGUUUAUGGCUGCACAAUCAAGAAUGAAUAUGGCACUGACACAACUGACUACCUACUCAGCUCAGACAUACUGGCUGAGUUCUUCUUACGAGAUGAUUCAGAAGUGGGAGAGGAGAUUGAGAUGACACCCUUGCUGUUCAACAAAGGCUUGGUGGACCCAGGCUACUGGGGUAAUAAGUUCUUUGGUCGCAUUAUGAUGGAGGAGCUGCAAAUUGGGGAAGGAAGUGCACACAAAAUCAGCAGAGCCAAGGUCAUCUACGGUCUGGAUCCUAUCUUUGAUUCAGGAACCACCUGCAUUGUCAAAGUCAGAAAUCAAAUUGUGUAUGGGACCAAAGAGGAAAACUGCUUGGCUGAUAUAAAUUUAGAGAUCACCAAACAGGAAUGUAAAAUCCAUAACACAAUCCGGGAGUACUGCAAAAUCUUUGCUGCUGAGGCAAGAGUGAUUGAUAAAUUUGGUUUCGGAUUAGAAGUGAUUCCAUUAUAUUUGAUCUACCGGCCUGCCAACACCAUCCCAUAUGCAACAAUGGAGGCUGAUUUAAAGGGGGUGUACUUGACAUACUGCACAGUGGACAAGACUGGGAAACUGAUCACACAAAGCACAUCUGAAGUGGAGCAGAAAUGCUGUACAUUUCAGCACUGGAUCUACCAGUGGACAAAUGGCAAUCUGCUGGUCACCCAGCUAAAAGGUGUAGAUACAAAGAUCACAAAUGUUAAGAUUGUCACCAAGUCCAAAGGCUAUCAGAGUCUUACAGAUAAAGGCUCCCCAAAGAUACUGGAACAAUUUGUCAUCCAACAUCAGUGCAACUACUAUUGUGGCUUGCUCGGCCUGAGAGCCCUGAAAACUAUGGAUCCUUUGCAGCAGUCAAAGUUAAAAACAUCCAGGAGUCCUAUGCUGGCCCGUAAGGUGGGUCUUGCUGAUUCAUCCAGCCCACAACUUCAGAAGAAAGGCUCAAGCAACCCCCAAACAGCUAAGAAUAUCAACUCUAGUCCCAAGUUAGCCAAAAAGACUGAAAAGGAUGGGGAGAACAACUCUGCUACCAAACAUAAAACAAUGGAGGGCCCCAAAUCUGUAACAAUGAGGUAGGCAUGCACAGUUUUAUGAACUCAUCACUACAGCACCUGCUAGCUGAACCAUCUACAUCUAUAGACAACCAUCUGGAGAACAUAAUGCUGCCCAGACUAAUGGAAGAUACUGUGGAACAGAGCAGCACUGGAUUAUAUUCUUGCUACACAAUGUUGUGCCUUCAUAGUUGUUGGACAUGAAUGUUGCAAAGGUCUAUUUGACCCAGUCAAGGGACUAGACAAACUGAUAAAGGAUAUUAGCAUUAUAUUUAUAAAACUGUAUAAUAUAACCAUGGACAAUUCCUCAUUGUUCGGAAGCCUUUUUGGCCACUCAUGGUCAUGUUUUAGAUAAAUAGUUGUUUUAGUCAGUUUCGUUACAUAAUCUUCUGGGUCAGCAUAGGUUGAAUAUGACAGACUACUAAUCCUCAUCACAAAAGCAUAGAAAUAGCUCAGCUCAAGAACUACUACCCUUAAAUGCUAAAACCUAUUACAAGAAUGUAAACUAACAACAAGCUGAUUAAAUUCUAAGUUAACAAAUUGUGAGAGUUAUCUAGAACUCUCAAAGGGGGAUUGUAAGAAAACAUAUUUUGAGGUCACUCUAGAAUCUACUGUAACAUACAUUGCUCUUUGAAUAAUCAUCCCAGCUCUUACUACCAAAUGGUGAUCAAAUAAGAUGGUGAUCAGUAACUGUGAACUAGCUGACAGUUGGGGGGGCAACUCUGGGGAUCUUUCUCCCAUUCAAUGCUUUGUUUAAGAGUAUCACCUCUAGGCUUUUGUAUUGUCACUCGUUCAAGGCCUGCCCACUCAAGGCCUUUGAAACUGCAACAUAUGUUCCUUUUCACUGGACUCAAUGACUACAGUACCACCGCAGUGUGUUCUGAUCUCCAAUAAAACAUUCCUGCUGA